AGGAGGAGGAAGAGGAGGGGCGCCCGUGGGGCGGGCCCGCCUUGCGCGGCCGAUGUGCGCAUGCGCGGAGGUUUGAACUGAAGGGCGGUUGGUGCUGGCGCUAAGUGAGGGAUUUGGCUCUCUGAUGUUCUUCAGUUGUUGGAGGUUUAUCUAUUUUCUUGCUUCCUUGUAUUGAAGGAUUGGAACCCAUGUGACAAAUGAGUAAAAUUCUUCAAUCUCAGUUGGGAGUCUGAAAAGAUGCUGCAAAGUAAGCGUUCUAAGACCCCAAAGGAGCCUCUGCAACAGCACCAGAAAAGCCAGUCUGAUCUCUCUGCAUGGUUAAAAGUGGGGAGAAUUGGCACUGAAAAGAGUGUCCAGGAUCAUCAGUCUCUUAAUGACCAGGAAAAUGGCAGCAAGCAAGAAGAAUCACUUGAGCCAGCUUUGAGCUACUUUGCAAACGUUCAAGACCGCGUCUCAUUGAAAAGGAGCAGUGCUCUGCAGAGACACUUGGCUACUGUGGAAAGCAUUGCCCUGCAAAGAGGGUUACCGCCUGAGGCAUUUAACGUAUUGCUAAGCACAGCACUCAGUGGCAAACUUGCUGAUAUAGUGAAUACUCGUUUACUGAAGAGCCUGAUUCCAGAGUCAGUAGUACCAGAAACUUGUGUAGUUUCAGCUGUAUCGUGGCUCUGUGUUAGCAAAUGCUCAAGCAACAUCCAGGUGCUUUUCUUAAGAUGGCUGAUCACAGUUUUUGACUUCAUUGAUCACAAGGAAGACCUUCAUGCUCUCUAUGGUUUCUUCUUUUUCUUCUUGCAAGAGGAGAAGAUGUGCCCCUACAUCUGCCAUGUGCUCUACUUGCUCACCAGGAAGGAGAAUGUCAAGCCUUUUCGGGUUAGGAGACUGCUUGACCUCCAAGCAAAAAUGGGAAUGAGGUCUCAUUUGCAGGCUCUGCUAUCACUUUACAAGCUCUUUUGUCCUGAGCUGGUGAACAUAACGCUUCCUGCAAAAACAAAGAUUUUCUUCAAGAAUGCAGAGGACCCGUGGAAAGCAGCAAUCAAAACAAUAAGGCAAAGAAGGCUGGAAAACUCUCCAGUGCCCCAGCCACUGUUUUUAGGUGAAGCUCAACCUCGGUCACAGAAAAGGAAAUGGAAUGCCCAAUUGAUGAUUCCUGUAAGUAGUACAAACAGAAGUCAUUUGGAAGCGGUCAGGGAACAGAACACUGGUUUGUACAGUACAGAUGAGUAUUUCCCAGUAGAGCUGCUGCAGAGCUUUCCUCAGCUCCUACAGAACAUCCACCGUCUAGAGUUUCCUUCCCGGAUGGGUUCAGUGUUAACAAACCCUUUAUUGCUUCACUACCUGAAUUGCACCAAAGAUGAAUCUGUUUACCUGAGGCUUUACUAUUGGUUGGGCCAGAGUCUUCAGGAAGAGUGUACUUGGUGUGUGGUUGAGAAUAGCCAAAAUGAAGAAGAAUUCAGGGAAUUCCUGGAAAUUCUCUGCAGGACACAGUGUUUCUUGCAGGAGGGACUUGCUCCCUGUGAAGAGUUCCUGUAUCGGAGCCUUCCUCUCUGGGAUGGCUUGUGCUGCCGAUCACAAAUCCUCAGGCUUGUCAGUUGGAUCCCACUCAACAGCAUGUAUGAAAUGAAAUCAUAUCUGUAUGAACCCCUGGCACAGCUCUUCUUCACAUCAUCCCUUUACUUUAAGUGCAGUGUUUUUGAAAGCCUGAAAAGGCUGUUGCAGAACUGGUUGAAUUGGCAGAUGGCUCACCUGGAUUCAGCAGCUGACUUCCAGACCCGUUCUUUGAAUACAACCUUUUCUGGACUAUUGGACACAGUGGCUGAACUGAUCCACUUUGUUGCAAUGAUCUCUACUGUUGCCUUGCGUUUGGAAAGCAAUCAUACAUUCUUGCUGUACUUCAUCCUUGACUUCUAUGAGACUGCGUGUGACAUAUAUCUGAAGUACAAUAUGCCUUUGUUGAUAAUGCCUCCUGCUGGAGUUUUUUACCCAGUGCUCCUUGGCAUGGAUCCUGUCAACUUGAAUCAGCUCUGCUACAUUAUGUACAGGUAUCGAGCCAACUUGGUGGCUGCAAAAGAAAAUGAGCACAGUGAAAAGGAAAUACAGCAAUUCAGGUUCAGCAGUGAGACAUACAGAGAGUACAACCAGAACAUAACAGCUAUGGUGGGUUGUCUGUGGACAUCCAAUGCAUUCCGGAGGGAUACUCACCCUCAAGGUCUUCAUAUGGAUGAUAAACUGCUGAACAAAACUGGAGUGAAGGAAUUCAGAACCAGCUUUAACAUUGUCUAUCACCCAGCCAUGAUAGGCUAUGCUGUCCAGUUCCUGCAGCAGGCUUGGCCAGAUGAUACCACCUUCAACUUCAGUUUAAUUAAGGGAAAGAAGUGGAGUUGGUAUCUGAAAUACCUCUAUGCAAAAGGUUUAGAGGGCCUGAAGCUCUUUAUUGAAAGCAGCAUCAGUCGUAUUUCCCAGGCCUCUCACAAUAAAGCAGGGAAUAUGGAAAUGUGACCUGGGACUCGCCAGAGCCUUUGUAUCAUUUGGAACAAGAAAGCAGAAUAUAAUGGACUGUGUCACUAAUUCCUCCUUCCUCAGAAGAGAGAAACAGAGCAAUUACCCUUGUCUGCAUUUUUGUACUGACAUCUAUUUUAGGAAUGUGAAGACACAGAAGGAAUGCUGAGUGCUUGUAGCUGCUGCCUUGGCUCACUAAUACCCCCUCUUGUCCCUGCUGAACUUCAAUGGUCUGAAACUGCUGAGCUCAGAUGUUAUGUAUCAUCCUCAGCUUUCAUCCUUAUUUCUCUCAGUUGGAGUAUAUGCUUUGAUUGAGAAACGGACAUUUUCCAGCUCAAAAUCACGAUGAGCAAUGCUGCUUCAUUUUUAAGUAAUGCUGAUCCCUGACCUUCUUUGCUUUUCUCAACAGUAGGUAAUGAGAAACAGUUGAAUCAGUCUUUCAGGAAUCCCAUAUACGCUCUGGAUUGUA